AUGAACUUUUUAAGUUUUAAGACUACAAAACACUAUCACAUUUUCAGGUACGUGAACAUACGGAAUGACUACAGGCUGUUAAUGAUAAUGAUAAUAGGUACCGUGGCAACAGGCCUAGUGCCGGCAAUUACUUCUAUCCUGACGGGCAGAGUGUUCGAUCUACUAUCAGUUUUCGUGGCUAAUGGGUCACAUCAAGGUUUGUAUUCCCAACUAGUACAGAGGUCAAUGGCAGUAAUGGCACUUGGUGCGGCUUCUGUGCCAGUAAUGUGGCUUUCUCUAACAAGUUGGAUGCACAUCGGCGAGAGACAAGGCUUUAGAAUACGGUCACAGAUAUUGGAGGCAUAUUUGGAGGAAAAGCCAAUGGAAUGGUACGACAAUAAUGAAAAAUUGUUAGGAGAUUUUACUCAAAUCAACAGAUGUGUGGAAGAGCUAAGAUCAAGCUCCGCAGAGGCAUCAGCCAUAACUUUCCAGAAUUUAGUUGCAAUAUGUGCGCUUCUGGGGACGUCAUUCUACUAUUCUUGGUCAUUAACUUUAAUUAUUCUUUGCAGCUCUCCAAUAAUCACAUUUUUUGCAGUGGUGUUUUCCAGAAUGAUUCAUGUAUAUUCAGAGAAGGAGAAUUCUGAAACGAGUAAAGCAGCCCAAUUACUUACAUGGUCGAUGAAUGCCGCUCAAUUAGUGAGAUUAUAUUGUACACAACGUCUAGAAAGGAAAAAAUUCAAGGAAAUCAUACUAAAUUGUAACACUUUCUUCAUCAAGAGUUGCUUUUUUGUUGCUGCAAACGCUGGGAUCUUGAGAUUUUUGACGUUGACUAUGUUUGUACAGGGAUUCUGGUUUGGUUCCGCAAUGAUCAAAAAGGGCAAGCUGAACAUUAACGAUGUAAUCACUUGCUUCCAUUCAUGCAUUAUGCUGGGCUCGACUUUAAAUAAUACAUUACACCAAAUAGUUGUUCUUCAAAAAGGCGGAGUGGCUAUGGAAAAAAUCAUGACUCUAUUAAAAGAUGGAUCCAAGCGAAAUCCUUUAAAUAAAACUGUAGCCCACCAAUUUCCACUAGAUUAUGCCACCAGUGAUCUAACAUUUGCUAAUGUUUCGUUUUCUUAUCCAAGCAGACCUUCGGAAGCAGUUUUAAAGAACGUUAGUUUAAAUUUCUCUGCAGGACAAUUUACUUUCAUAGUAGGAAAAUCAGGCUCAGGUAAAUCUACAUUAUCCAACUUAUUAUUAAGGUUCUACGAUGGCUAUAAUGGAUCGAUAUCUAUCAAUGGCCACAAUAUCCAAACAAUCGACCAAAAAUUGCUAAUUGAAAAUAUCACCGUCGUAGAACAGCGUUGUACCCUAUUUAAUGAUACUCUUAGAAAAAAUAUUCUUUUAGGUUCAACAGAUUCGGUAAGAAAUGCCGAUUGCAGCACCAAUGAAAAUAGACAUUUAAUCAAAGAUGCCUGUCAAAUGGCUCUUCUGGAUAGAUUUAUUCUAGACCUUCCCGAUGGACUGGAAACAUUAAUUGGGACUGGGGGUGUCACACUAAGUGGCGGGCAACAACAAAGAGUUGCUAUAGCACGUGCAUUCAUCAGAGAUACUCCAAUAUUAUUCUUAGACGAAGCUGUAUCGGCUCUAGAUAUUGUUCAUCGCAACCUGUUGAUGAAGGCAAUUAGGCAUUGGAGGAAAGGAAAGACUACAAUCAUAUUGACGCAUGAGUUGAGCCAAAUUGAAUCUGAUGACUAUUUAUAUUUAAUGAAGGAAGGUGAAGUUGUUGAAAGCGGCACCCAGUCUGAACUUCUAGCCGAUCCGACCACUACAUUUAGCACAUGGUAUCACCUACAGAAUGACUACUCUGAUGCGAAAACUAUUGUAGAUACAGAGACUGAAGAAAAAUCUAUACACACUGUGGAAAGUUUUAACUCUCAAUUGGAAACACCAAAACUUGGAUCAUGCUUAAGUAAUCUGGGAUAUGAUGAGACAGAUCAGUUGUCCUUUUACGAAGCAAUCUAUCAAAAAAGAUCGAACGUUAGAACAAGAAGGGUUAAAGUUGAAGAGGAAAAUAUUGGGUAUGCACUAAAACAACAAAAGAACACCGAAAGUUCAACAGGGCCACAACUUCUGAGCAUUAUUCAGAUUAUCAAAAGAAUGAUUAAAAGCAUAAGAUACAAAAAAAUUCUAAUCUUGGGACUGCUAUGUUCUCUUAUCGCAGGCGCCACAAAUCCCGUCUUUUCAUACACAUUCAGUUUCUUACUAGAAGGAAUUGUCCCAUCCACGGAUGGAAAAACUGGCUCUUCACAUUAUUUGGCGAAAUGGUCGCUUCUUGUUCUUGGUGUGGCUGCGGCAGAUGGUAUUUUCAAUUUUGCUAAAGGAUUCCUAUUAGAUUGCUGCAGUGAAUACUGGGUUAUGGAUCUUAGAAAUGAAGUUAUGGAAAAACUGACGAGAAAGAAUAUGGACUGGUUUUCUGGUGAAAACAACAAGGCUUCUGAAAUUUCUGCUCUAGUCUUGAAUGAUUUGCGAGAUUUGAGGUCUUUGGUCUCUGAAUUUUUGAGUGCAAUGACUAGUUUCGUUACCGUAUCAACGAUUGGACUAAUUUGGGCGUUAGUAUCGGGCUGGAAGUUAAGUUUGGUUUGUAUUUCGAUGUUUCCACUCAUAAUUAUAUUUUCAGCAAUAUAUGGAGGCAUUUUACAAAAAUGCGAAACAGAUUAUAAGACAUCUGUUGCUCAGUUAGAAAACUGCCUGUACCAGAUUGUCACUAACAUUAAAACCAUUAAGUGCUUACAAGCUGAAUUUCAUUUUCAAUUGACCUACCAUGACUUGAAGAUAAAAAUGCAACAAAUUGCCUCCAAACGCGCCAUUGCCACAGGAUUUGGUAUAUCUAUGACAAACAUGAUUGUCAUGUGUAUCCAAGCUAUUAUUUACUACUAUGGCCUAAAGCUGGUUAUGAUUCACGAGUACACCUCAAAGGAAAUGUUUACGACUUUCACUUUGUUAUUAUUCACUAUUAUGUCAUGCACUAGCCUAGUAAGUCAGAUACCCGAUAUAAGUAGAGGCCAACGUGCUGCCAGUUGGAUCUAUAGGAUUCUUGAUGAAAAGCAUAAUACCCUAGAGGUUGAAAACAAUAAUGCUAGAACAGUGGGAAUAGCUGGUCACACCUACCAUGGCAAAGAAAAAAAACCAAUCGUUUCAAUUCAAAAUUUGACAUUUGCCUAUCCAUCUGCACCUACCGCCUUUGUUUACAAAAACAUGAAUUUUGACAUGUUUUGCGGACAGACGUUAGGUAUCAUUGGUGAAUCAGGCACAGGAAAGUCUACACUUGUGCUUUUAUUAACAAAACUUUAUAAUUGUGAAGUAGGCAAAAUUAAAAUAGACGGUACGGACGUAAAUGACUGGAAUUUGACAAGUUUAAGAAAAGAAAUUUCAGUGGUUGAGCAAAAACCUUUAUUAUUCAAUGGAACCAUCAGAGAUAACCUAACUUAUGGUUUACAAGAUGAAAUACUUGAAAUUGAAAUGUAUGAUGCAUUAAAAUACGUAGGAAUCCAUGACUUUGUAAUUUCAUCACCUCAGGGCUUGGAUACACGUAUUGAUACAACUUUACUGUCAGGUGGACAAGCGCAAAGGCUUUGCAUAGCCAGAGCACUUCUGAGAAAAUCAAAAAUUCUGAUUUUAGAUGAGUGUACUUCAGCCUUGGAUUCUGUCAGCUCCUCUAUCAUCAAUGAGAUCGUCAAAAAAGGUCCACCUGCUCUACUAACAAUGGUUAUAACGCAUAGUGAACAAAUGAUGAGGUCUUGUAACUCGAUUGCAGUUCUUAAAGAUGGUAAAGUGGUUGAGCGAGGUAACUUCGACACUUUAUAUAAUAAUCGCGGGGAAUUAUUCCAAAUUGUUUCCAACCAAAGCAGUUAA